AUGCCCGUCGUUGACACACUCAGACUGAAAACCAAGCUGUCGGACAGCGGCAUGCCUGAGACCCAGGCACAGGUUCUCGUUGAAGAACUCGAUGAGGUGCUGAGUACGGCAAUUGCCGCCCAGGUUGCAACUAAGGCGGACGUCGUUGAACUGCGCGCUGCGAUCAGCGCCAUCCAUGAGCGGUUCGAGCAGGUUGACAAACGCUUCGAGCAAAUUGAUAAACGCUUCGAGCAAAUUGAUAAACGCUUCGAUGACAUGAAUCAAAGCGUCAACCAACGCUUUGGCGAUCUGAACCAGAGCGUCAAUCAACGCUUCAACGAUCUGAAUCAGAGCGUCGCGCAAAUACGCUCCUGGUUAGUGGGUCUCUACUUCUUCAUUGCCUUCGGCUUUCUUGGGAUGAUUUUGAAGGACCUGAUCUUCAGGUAG